AAAAUAAUCGACAUCUUUUGAAUCAUCUAUUUAUACAAUAUAGAAAAAUGUACAGCACUGGAGGUUUGCAACAACAAAUGGCUGGUUUGUCAAUUAGUAAUCAAUUGGAAUCCAAGGUUGAAUUGUACAUUUCAUGUACACAUUUGAAGAAUAAAGAUUUAUUGUCCAAGUCGGAUCCGACAUGUCUUGUGAGAAUGGGAGAGAGACAACAGAGUGGUGAGGUUUUCUGGAGUGAUUUGGGUAGAACAGAAGUUCAAAAAGAUAAUCUCAACCCAAAGUUUGUUAAAACUUUUAUUGUUUCGUACAAGUUUGAAGAAAUUCAACCACUCAAGUUUUUGGUUUAUGAUAUUGAUAAUGAAACUGCUUCAUUGGCCGAUGAUGAUUUCUUGGGUUGUUGUGAAGUUAAAUUGUCUGACAUUGUUUGUGGUGUGAACGGAGCCAUUACUAGAAAAUUAACAGCUCUAAAUGGUGACACAAGCAAAGACUUGGGAAGUAUUACCAUCAGAAGUGAACAAAAAUCUAAGGUUAGAGAUCCAAUUUAUACUUUGGAAUUGGAUGGUAAAGAUCUUGCAAAGAAGGACUUUUUCGGAAAGAGUGAUCCAUAUUUCAUUUUGGCUAAAAAGGUCGGAAAUGAAUUUGUUGAUAUUUACAAAUCCGAGACAAUUAUGAAUAAUUUAAAUCCUGUAUGGAAAGGAUUUUCAAUUCCAAUGCAAAAAUUGUGCAAUGGUGAUGCCAAUUUACCAAUUAGAAUUCAAGUCUUUGAUUGGGACAAGAAUUCUGAUCCAGACUUUAUUGGAAGUGUUGAAACAACUCUUGCUCAAUUGGAACAAGUUAACAGAGAUAGACAAUCUAUUGCAUUAAUUGAUGAUGGUUCCUAUCACAAGAAAAAGAAGGCACCAAAGAAUACUGGUAAAAUUCAGGUUAGAGGAAUUAGAAGUGUCUUACCAGAAGAGGAAUAUUCAUUCUUGGAUUAUUUAGGAGGUGGAUUGGAAGUUUCCUUGUUAGUAGCUGUUGACUUUACUGCUUCAAACGGUAAUCCUAACGACCCAAGCUCAUUGCAUUUUGGUGGUAAAAUGAAUGAAUAUGAAAUGGCUAUUAGAUCUAUUGGUGACAUUCUCUCAUACUAUGAUUCAGACAAACUAUUCCCAUCUUAUGGUUUUGGAGCAAAAUUACCAGGUAACAUUAUUUCACACUGUUUUGCAUUGAAUGGUAAUCCAAAUAAUCCAAAUAGUCAAGGUGUUGAUGGUAUUUUACGUGAUUAUCGUCAAGCUUUGAACAAUUGUGAAUUAUAUGGACCUACCCAUUUCUCACCAACCAUUCAAACUGCUAUUGCCUAUGCUUCACAAGCUUCAAUGGAACAAAGCCAACAAAAUCAAAAGUAUCUCAUCUUGCUCAUCAUUACAGAUGGUGCUAUUACCGAUAUGAAUGAUACUAUCAGAGAAAUUGUCAAGGCCUCAAACUAUCCUCUUUCAAUUGUCAUUGUUGGUGUUGGUGCUGCCAAUUUCGAUUCGAUGGAAACUCUUGAUGGAGAUGACAGAAGACUUUCAAGUGGUUCACAAAUUGCCUCUCGUGACAUUGUUCAAUUUGUUCCAUUCCGUAAAUAUAAUUCUCAAAAUUAUCAACUCUUGGCAAGAGAAACCUUGAAGGAAAUCCCAGGUCAAGUUUGUGAAUAUUUCAAGAAUAUGAAAAUUAAGCCAAAUAAGAGAGCUUAAUAUUGUACAUUAAUAAAUCUAAUUUAUUUC